AUGGCAAAAUUCUCUUUACCCGCUGCUGAUUUGACUAGAUCUGAAGAAAAUAAUGACACUGAAGCGGCUGUACAUCAGGAUGCAGUGUAUGACGAGUAUGCAGACAGAGAUAUUCCACUUCCUUCAUUUAAACGAAAGGAUGAUCUUUCUAAUUCAGAACCAAAACCAGCCAAGAAAAAAAAGCAAGUUUUAAAACGACAGACUGAGCAGGAAGAUGUAGACCCUAUAUCUACAGAGGCUCCACUAAGUUUGGAUUCAAUCAAGCGUCGAGAGGCUAGAGACGAUGUGGACGCUGUAAUGCGUAAAAUUAAACCUAAGCGCAACAAGAGAGAUCUUCAAGAUGAAGCAGAAAUAGAUGAAUUUAUGGAUGCCAUGCUGAAUAAAAUGAAAGAAGCGGCUUCAAAUGAUCAAGAAUUCAACAAAAACAAGCAGCCUGCGAUUGCCAAGUUGAAGCUGUUGCCAUCGGUUCUAGAUCUAUUGUCGAGGCAGGUAAUCACUUGGUACUCGCAAUUUCUAGAAAAUAACAUUCUAGAGGGAAUCAAAUUAUGGCUUGAGCCGCUUACAGAUGGAUCGUUACCGAGCUUGGAUAUUCAAAAGGGAAUGAUGGAAACUCUUUCCAAGAUGCCUAUCGAGACUCAUCACCUUCGACAUAGCCUUGUGGGUCGCAUUGUCAUGUUUUAUACUAAAUGUGAUCGUGUUACACCGAGCAUUCGCCGAAUUGCAAAUGAUCUUAUUCGUCGGUGGAUGCGUCCUAUUCUGAAACGAAGCGCCAACUACAAAGAUCAAGAGCUGCAGGAGGUUCGCAUCAAUUCUUUAGAAACUCGUCCAUUCAAAAAACAGCGCCCACAAGCCUCCGAGUCACCAAGCUCUCAAUCUAUCAUGUCAUCUGUGCGUGCUCGUAUUCCCAUGCCGGUAGCGCCUUCAUUUACAGUAAUACCAGUUAGCAAUGUGCCCCAAAUUGGAAAUGGAGAAAAGCGUGUGGACAAAUACCGUAAACUCAAAUCGACCAUGAAAAUGAUUAAAAGUCGCAAUGCAAAAUAA